AUGUUUUUGUUUUCCCGUUCACGUUCACGGUCACGACAGCCCACCCCCGAGACAAACGGUUCAACUGGAGACGCCGAGUCACCUGUGGAUAACGGAGAUCUCUCUGAAAGGCCUGAUUCCUCUUCCCCCGCUGGAAUGUCCAGGGACUCUGAGGGAUAUCCUACAUGGCUUCCCAAAAGGCCUCCUCCUCCUCCUCCAGCCUCAACCUUUGCUUCGUCAAUUGGUGGCCAUGAGUCUGUUCCACCGCCGACUCCCAGUCCUAUGCUUGGUGGUAGGAAACCUACGCCACGCUCUGUAAGGAUUGUCAGUUUGGAACAGCGCGAAGCGGAAAAAGCACGGGAGCCAACAGAUCAUACCCGCGUUCCAUCCAACCAUCGUGUAUGGUCGAGAGCUACAGGGUCAGCUCUUACGCCGACCGCGUUCUCUCCAGACCCUUAUAUGCCUAGGCUCCCUCCUCCACGGUUUCGCUCGCGAGGGGUUAACUUCGAUCUUAUGCGUAACCCCUCCCCGAAAUCGAAACUUUACUUUUAUCUUUCCUACGUCCUAUCUUUUGCACACAUACCGUUGCAAACUUUCUUCGACUUUAAUGCUGUAUUUAUACUGAUCGAGGUUUCUAAAUAUCCGAAUCCAAAAGCCCCUGGAGUACCUGGUUCUGGCAGAAACUGGGCGUUGGGUGCUGCUGCAUACAUUGCAUGCUGGCUUGUCUGGAUCCUUGUGGUCUGCAUCGUCUACGAACUCGUUUAUUCUUUUAUCAGGAGAUGGAGAACAAAACGACCAGCGAUUUAUCCCAUAUACCUUUCUUCUCCCGCUUUCACAUUCGCUUCCCUGACGUCUUACUCGAAUUUCUGUUUUCUUCAACACCUUCGAUAUACCGCCUUUUUCGGAGAACAUGGUGGUAUACGUGAUGGUUUGGCAGAAACGUUCUGGUUCUACUCGCAGAACCUUCCCACUGUUUCACUGCUUCUUCCGCGGGCAGGACUUUCUCUCGCCCUUCUCCUCAGCUUUUCAUCUCCUGCCGCCGGUAACAUCGCACUUGCUGAUGCAGGCAUCAGCCUAAGAGACGCAACAUUUUUCCGCGAUAAUGGAGCGCUCACCGACUAUGCACAAGGAGUACUCAUUGCUAACGCAGCAUGGACUGCGUGGAAGAUUCUGGUUUUGUUCACUAGUUGGGUUGGACUAUGGGUUGUGAGCGGUCAAGGCUGCGCUGGUUUAUGUGGCCCAAGAUAUCGCUGGGAAGAGGAAGACGCUGAGAAGACGAUUACCUCGAUGUAUAGCGUAGACGACCUUUCAGAACGUGAACAACCGCUUCCUUGGCUAUGGAAAGAAAAUACCCGCAUGCGGAUCCUUGAUGCGUACGAUUUUUGCUGUGUUACUGCUCAUCCAUUAUCUGGACGCUGGGGACAUCACAAGAAGCUUUCCGACAUGAGUGACCUUUUAGGAACUGCAUAUCCUCUUCCAAUGCCCGAGUCCCCAGGUGGGUUCGAAGGCAUGGACCGGUUGAUGGCAGCCGUGGGUCUCCCUUCGGAAUCACACACUCAACCACGCAGAGGAAUUCUGUCAGACGAUCUGUUUCAACAGCCCGAGGCUGGACCAAGUGUGAUUCGAGGUCAUUAUGAAGUACCAGCAGACCUUGCAGCAGUUAUUCCGAAAGUUGUACAGCGUACAUCGAGGGAUAAGGAUGUUGCAUCGCCGUCCGCGCCGUUAAUGAAGCUUCCUUAUCCGUUCACAGCAUCAGGAGCUGCCCAGGUGUCAAGCGACGAUGAAAAGAUUCCUUUUCCCCCCUCGCCAUCUGUAGCUAGCUUCAAGGAAUCUAGCAGUGGGACUAAAAGUCGAAGUAAAGAUCAUGGUACAGUCGAGGAAGAGGAAGUUGAGGGAGAAGAGGCAAUGGAAGGAGAUGAUGAAGAAGCAGAAGAAGUGGAUUCUGGGGCUCAAACAACAAGUGAAGAUCCUUCUUCCUCUUCAGGAUCGGGUCGUGCUUCAAACUCAAUGUCAAGCUUGGGUCACCCGGUCUCAUCUCGUUAUCCAUUCCAAUUUCGUCAUCCUACGAGAGGGGCAAGCUAUUCUUCUGGCGUCCCCUCACACGCAACUCCUCCCUCCAAUGGUCACUCAAUCGCAUCGCGUUUCUCUCAGAAUACACGUUCGACUGGCAAUCGCGAAUCCACCGACUCACAUUCCCCCAGAUCACAUUAUACCACCUCUGAUGCAGCGAGCCCAAUCAGUAUGAGUGGUUUGCCCAUGCCGCCCAGACAUCCUCAACAAUAUCAGGGCCGAGGAAGAGCUCGAGCAGGGACUGUGCCGGUACCCUCGGUACCAUCGUCUCCAAGUAUCGAUUUCCCUCGAAGAGCUCGUGUUCGUACCCGCACCAGCGACCCAUACAACACCUCUUCUCCUGAAGCUGCGUUAUGGAGCUCUGAUUUGGAACAUGAGGAUGAAUUGGAAGAUGAUUCACGCGUUGAGGAUUCAAUUUUGGAUUCGCGUAUCGAGGACUCGAUCAUGGAGCAACCUGAACCCGAGGGAUCACAGGAAGCUGCUGAAGGCGAGGACGUUGUUGGAUUGUUGGCACCCUCCGGAAUACCCAGCCCAAAAACCUCCUUUUCUGCGUUGAGACAUAGAGGUAGUAAUAUAUCUUCUCAUCACCGUCGAAGUUUUGGUACAGGGAGUGGUAGUGGCUCUCGCUCUGGAUCCAACUCACGUACAAACUCCCAUUCUGGGUCGUCUUCAGGUUCUAGAUCCCGUACAGGAUCUAUAUCUGUAGCCAUGUCUGUUCGUUCGAGGGCGCAAUCGCUGAUGCAGAACGUUAGUAGCGCCUCUCGUUCUAGUCUGGAGCUUGUGCAGGGCGCAGUGCGUUCAAGAGCAAAUUCAUCCAUGGCACGGCUUGAGGAGGACUCGCCAUAUUAUUCCGAUCGUACGCACUCAAGGUCCGCAAGUGGUUCGGAUGGCUUGAUGAGUAGCCAGGAGAAUUAUACCUUUGGACAACCGUUACCGUUCCGAGCACAUCAAGAUCAAGUAGAGGAAGAAGGUCGUGUCUAUGAGCCGUCCUCUCCAGCCUCCCAAACUGCCGGUCCAGAGCUUCAUGGGGUGCAUUCCAAACAAUCUCUAGCCCCGUCUUCGCUAUUUGCGCCUUCAGAGAGAGUGCCUCCUUCGUUACACCCCUCAGAAGUUACAAUGCAUCAGGAGCUACCCAACGAGCCUUCAGGGUUUGCGAUUCCUGUUGCCCAGAGACCAGCCGGCCCUGAGAGCAUGUCUGAGCAGAGCAGUCCUCCAGACAUUAGCACAGCAGCGGCGUCGUUUGUGACUGCACCCGCAACGUUAGGGUCAACAGAUGAAAGUGGACGAACACCACCAAGCUGGAACAAUGUCACUGAUAUGGUCGAUCGCUCGGAUGGAACGUGGAGACCUGCAUGA